GCUAUGUCCAUACCGGUGAGGCCGAAAUCGCGACCACCUACUCUGCCAACAGAUGCCGUAGAACGACUCCAGAAACUCACACGGGAGGGUACCUUCAAUCUCUCACCCAAAGAACAAGGCUGGCAAGCCCGUCAUCGCUUCCUAAAGGACCAUGGCUACCUCUUGAGGCCACGAUACUCACCUGGUUGGAAACCAUCCUGGAUAGACACCGACUAUGAUUCCUUUUAUUGCGAAGACUCUAUUGUUCUGCUCCACUACCAAAUUAUAGACGCUACCCGACUUUCCAAUCGUGAAAUAGUCGCUAUCAAAAGUUUCCUGAAGCAAGGACAGGAACUACACAUUGCCCAGUUUCUCGCUUCCAUCGAUGAUCCUCGAAACCACUCUGUUCCUGUUCAUGAGAUCCUCUCGGACCCGUACGACCCGCAGCGAGCGUUAAUGGUGAUGCCUUACCUCAGGCCCUGCAAUAACCCCGAAUUUGCGACUGUAGGGGACAUUGUUGAUUUCAUAGACCAGACGAUCGAAGGCCUAGUCUUCAUGCACAAGCUCAACGUCGCUCAUCGGGACAUCGCAGUGGAGAAUAUCCUUAUGGACGCGAGGUCGCUUUACCCUAUAGGCCACCAUCCAGUACGAUUGGGGGCCAGCCCCGACGUGCGGACCCCAGUCUUUCCACUACCACGGGCCGGUCGCGACGUCCGCUACCACUACAUCGACUUCGGGCUGUCCUCGCGAUUUACCCCAGGAUCAUCGACACUCGUCAUCGGAGAUGUCGGGCGAGCGGAGGUGCCCGAACACUCGGACACGGUCCCGUACGAUGCCUUCAAGGUCGACAUAUACGCUUUGGGUGAUACAUACGCCCAGGAGUUCUCACAGAAAUAUAACAGCAUGGAGUUCCUCGAGGCGCUGAUAGGGCCCAUGACACUACGACAGCCGGAGCAGCGACCGACCGCCGAACAAGUAUCUCGGGAGUGGCAGAAGAUACGGGCAACCCUCAACGAUACGGACUUACGUUGGCGGCUUGGACCAAAGAACGAGCCCGCGUUUGACCGAGUCGUGAACGACACUGUCGCUGUCGCUUGGGAGGGGAUGUACCGCUUGAAGAAGCUGGUCAAGCCGUGAACUGCACCUUCGUGUUCGACAUGCUGCACCGACCAUUCUCCUCGCUAUCUCAAUGCUAUCUUGGUUUUGUGUACCGCUACACAUGCGUUUAAUGGAUAAAUUAUCGCUUUUUUACGUGCCUGAUUGGAUAGUACUUAUAUUAGGGUAUAUCAUCACUUUGACCCGGCGACGCUCUGGUUAUCGAGACGUCUGAAAACUAACCCGAAGAGAUUGUGAGGAACAGGGUAGAUCUGGCCUUUGUGCAUCUCGUCCGGUGCAAUAAGUGCGCGCGAAACCUUCGCUUCAGAGCGGUGUAGGACGCUUCAUGUAGCCUAACGCUUAGGCCGACCACGUGUACAUAUUCGCUGCGAAUAUGGGACAGUAUUCGUGUGCGGUACGUC